GCUCUCUCUUGCUCUCUUCAUCGCGCUGCUCGGGCCUUGACGUCAGACGUGCUCCUGUUCGGUUGCUAUGGAAACAUAUUUCCCCAUACCCCCUUCCUCUUCCCUCCCUCUCUGCCUCUCUCUCCCUCUCUCCCUCUGCUCUGGUAGGUCCACAAUGGUACAGCCAGCAUCUUGCAGCACAAUGGUUGCAAGGUGGUGAGCUGGGGGAGAGUGAUUCAGCAUCAGCAAACCUCGGUUCCGUCCACCUCUGCUUUUUUUUCCCUUUCUUCAUCGCCUUGGGUUUUUUUUUGUCUCCUCUCUCCUUCUCUCUCACUAACUCUCUCUCUCUCAUCCCCCCCACCCCCCCUCCAACCUCCUCUCCUACCUCCACAUUCGCCAUCUUUAUGAACGUUUAAAUGAAGCCUUCAGCCAUGGUCACAGCAAUGUUACCCGUCGGGAUGUUUUGAAAAGGACUGUCACCGGACUGGGAUCGUCAUCAGCUGGCACGGAAUGGUAUUUAUGAGCAGACAUUUCUUAUAUAACUGCAGCCAACCAAUCCUGGAUGUGAAGAUAGCCUUUUGUCAGGUGUGUGUUCCUUACAGGUAAAAAAGGGUUUUGGAAAACAAGUGGAUGUGUCAUAUAUCGCCAAGCAUUACAACAUGAGCAAAAGCAAAGUGGACAACCAGUUCUACAGUGUGGAAGUGGGAGACUCUACCUUCACAGUUUUAAAACGUUUCCAGAAUUUAAAGCCCAUUGGCUCUGGAGCUCAGGGAAUUGUCUGUGCGGGCUAUGAUGCUGUUCUGGACAGAAAUGUAGCCAUCAAGAAGCUGAGCAGACCCUUCCAGAACCAGACCCAUGCCAAGAGGGCAUACCGGGAGUUGGUGCUCAUGAAAUGUGUCAAUCACAAAAAUAUUAUCAGUUUAUUAAAUGUCUUCACACCACAGAAAUCAUUAGAGGAAUUCCAGGAUGUGUACCUAGUGAUGGAGCUGAUGGAUGCCAACCUGUGCCAGGUGAUUCAGAUGGAGCUUGACCAUGAGAGAAUGUCCUACCUGCUCUACCAGAUGUUGUGUGGUAUCAAACACCUGCACUCAGCUGGCAUUAUUCACAGGGACCUCAAACCAAGCAAUAUAGUGGUGAAGUCAGACUGCACCCUGAAGAUCCUGGACUUUGGUCUGGCGAGGACUGCAGGCACAAGCUUCAUGAUGACCCCAUAUGUGGUGACUAGAUACUACAGAGCCCCAGAGGUUAUCCUGGGAAUGGGAUACAAAGAAAAUGUGGAUAUAUGGUCGGUGGGGUGCAUUAUGGGAGAAAUGGUGCGCCACAAAAUCCUUUUCCCUGGUCGGGACUAUAUCGACCAGUGGAACAAGGUGAUCGAGCAGCUGGGCACGCCCUCACCAGAGUUCAUGAAGAAGCUCCAGCCCACAGUGAGGAACUAUGUUGAGAACCGGCCAAAGUAUGCAGGCCUCACCUUUCCCAAGCUCUUCCCCGACUGCCUUUUUCCUGCUGACUCUGAGCACAACAAACUCAAAGCUAGCCAGGCCAGAGACCUGCUGUCUAAGAUGCUGAUCAUUGAUCCUGCUAAACGGAUAUCGGUGGACGAGGCCUUACAGCACCCCUACAUCAACGUGUGGUAUGAUCCAGCUGAGGUGGAGGCGGCCAGAGAUCUCAUCCAAAUAUCCAUGCCUCCACCUCAGAUCUAUGACAAGCAGCUGGAUGAAAGAGAACACUCCAUUGAUGAAUGGAAAGAACUAAUCUACAAAGAGGUGAUGAACUUUGAGGAGAGAACGAAGAAUGGCGUUGUGAAGGGACAGCCUUCACCUUCAGGUGCAGCUGUGAACAGCAGCGAGAGCCUCCCUCCCUCCUCCUCUAUCAACGACAUCUCCUCCAUGUCCACCGACCAGACCCUGGCCUCAGACACUGACAGCAGCCUGGAGACCUCUGCAGGACCCCUGGGGUGUUGCAGGUGACUAGCCGCCUGCCUGCGCAACCCCAUGUUCUUCCGAAGGUGAAGAACCCAACCCGAAAUGACCAACUGAAAAUACAAAAAACACAAAAAAAAAAAAAGAAAAGAAAAGAAAAAAGAGUACAGAUCAAAAUUAAUAUAUUAAGAGCAAAAACAUGAGUUAUGGAAACAGAAUCUGAAAUGAUGAAAUCUAAAGCCUGUGCAUUGUCAUUCAAAAACAGCAGUGGUAUUUAAACUGAAGUAAAUGAGCUGAGAUAUAUGUUAAUGAUUCUCUAGUUGCUUUGCUUAUAUUACCCCAAAUAUCUUGUAUAUGGCAUCCAAAUAAAACGACCAAAUGCUUAGACUUGCAUCUCCUGCAAAGUGCAUAUUGGCUGGCUGCUGGUCUCCCAAUUCCUUACAAAAAGCAUUUAUGCUCCAAUCAUUGUGGCAAGGUGGGCUGCCAUUUUGCUCAUCACUAUUGUACAAUACAAACUUCAUUCUCCUCCUCCCACCCUUUUCCUAUCCAGCCCUUAUGUAAUGACACUGCUGUAUUUUAACCUCUAGGCUUUGUCCUUGACACCUCUCAUCCCUGCCCGACACGAUCCCCCAACGUAAGGUUGCCUGAUUUGCGUGUUUUUAUGUGGUUACUCUGCAGGGACAUGUAGCCGCUCUCACCCAGGGUGGCGCCCGCCCCCCCCCGCUGCGAUACUUGUAAAUAAUGUAAUUCUGUACAGCUGAAGGGCACACAGAGUGGGACUGACGGCCAGUACACUGGGAGUUUUUUUGUUUGUUUGUUUGUUUUGUUUUGUUUUGUUUUCUGACUAGCGCACCUUGCCACAUCACCGCUUUCCACCUCAGUUGCCCCUGCCUAUUGCUGUAGUCCUGCAUGAUUAGAUUUAAAACAAUGCUAAUCUCACUGUAUGCUUAAAAUGAGUCUGUAUAGAGACUUUUGUUUAUAUAUGAUGUAAACUAACUCAACUCCAGACAUGGGGGGGGAGGUCUGGUCACAGGAUAGUGUGAGUGUGUGUGUGCGUUUGUGAACCACAGGCAAGCCAUGAACACAUUAGUAAAUGUCAGGGCUGAGCUCCAGUUUUAAAGGGUCAUUACACUCAGAAAUAAAUGAUUUUGAUUGUGCUUAGACUUCAUAUGAUUAACUUUAAGGAGUCUGAUUUGUGUGUAAUGUCCCUUUCAUUUCCCCUGGCAGUGUAUGGUUGGUCCCUCCACCACUCCUGCAUGUCAUUGUGUACCAUUUAACCCCUCAUAGGCACAGGAGGUUGGUCUAUUUCACCGUGGUAUAACCACAAGGAGACUAUUCUUAUUUAUUUGACUCUCUGAAACAUACAACACUUUUAGAAGGAGAUACAAGUAAGUCAGUAGUUUUUAGGCGGUUGAUGAGUGUUAACCUCGUAGCAAUGACUUGUUUUGUCCUAAAGUAAAUUCAUAUACAUCUUUUCACAUCACACUACACAAAAACAUGUGCUCUGUUUUUGUUGUAAAAUGAAAAACAGAGCAGUAAAACAGGAACUGGAUCGAGGCCACCUAUCAGCUAUGUUUAAUUUCUUAGCUGGAAGAUUUAUUUAGUGAUUUAUUUAUUUUGAUAGAUGGAACCUGAUUAUGGCAAGUGCCUUUUGGAAUGAAGCAUUGCAGGUGCAGAGAUCAUAUUAUUUUUUGGUAUUUUUCUCCUCUGCCUCUUCUUCUCUUGCCUUAAAGCUACCUUAGCCCCCGAAACCACCAAAUCUUUAGCCAGACGUUGCCGCUUUAACUCGAGGCAUUAGCCAGUGACUUGUGAAUUUUGUGUGUAAUUGCUUUCCUCGGAUUGUAUGGCAUUGCUUGUGCUAGUUAGUUUCUAUCCGUGUCAUGGGGGGUUUUCUGCCAUUUUACAUCUUGAUUUAAUUUGACUUUUUAUUUCUCCUGCUAAAUUAAAUCAGUCUCCAUAAAAUGCAGUGAUGAGAUUUCCUCUAACUGGGACGCUAAUACAUACACAAACACUUACAUAUGUUGCUUGCACUGAACCUUGCAAAGGCUCUUUGUCUCAUUCCACUGAGUCAUAUAUAACCCUUGAUUAAGAAAACCCAUUGUACACCAGGAACCUGUUCCAUCCAGUAUCUAUUCUAUAGUAUAUUUUCUCUAUUCACAACAAGACUCUGAGCUGCAAUAUGCAACGGUUGGUUGCAAUUAAGAUGUUGCUACAGCUUUCUUCUAAGGAAUAAAGGAAGACAUUCUCAUUAUUUUGGUUCCCACCGUCAUAUUUUAUGUUUCCAUGCAGGUUGGUGGGUUUAUGGGCAAGGAACCUCAGAUGGAGUGCUGGCUUACGCAAUCAUAUUUUACAAGCAAAGAGAUAAUUUUCACUGUAAUUAACUCUGCUGGUGGAUGGAAAGACCUUCUUGGUACUGUGUGCUGUGUUUGUAUGAAACAGAUUCAAACAAACAAACAGAUCGCUCCCUACUGUAUGCAUAGUUUGUAUCAAAGAUUACAUUACCUGUUCUGUGGUGUUUCAUCACUUGACAAUCAGGUAAACAGACAAUAUACUGUACAAAAAUCAAGGGCACACUCAAGGAUUCUUACACUGUCUCGUAAUGAAACACAGCGGGACAUCUGUGUUUGUUUCACACCAUUUACAAUCAUAUAUAUUGAUAUCACCAUAUUUCCUUCUUAUGGAAAUUGCAUGGCUCAUACUGUACGUCCCCUGGUUAAGAGUGAGGGUUGAGUCUCGGUGGUGACAGUGAGAAAACAUCCUUGAGGAGAUGUAGUGACAGCACUCUUCAGGUGGACACUUGACAUAUUUGUUAACAUGUCACUUGAUUGUCUAACUGUGUAUCUUGGGUUCAGCUGCUGCAGCACAGCCGUUCUCCCUCUCUCUCUCUUUUGCAUGUCUCAAAAUCCCACCCAAAACUUAGAAAUAUAUAUAUAUAUAUACAUUAACUUCAAAUAGCUACUUUGUUAACACUCAUUCUGCCUGUGGCUUGUGUACAGUGAACCACACACAGACUUACAGUACUUUCACAGAGCGAAGAGGGUAACUGAGGGCGGCGUCUCCAGAAUAAGCUAUGGCUAGCUUGGCUUUCUGUACAGGGUCUGGCCAGGGCAAUCUUUCAAAAACAGGGUGCAACUUUAAAUAUUCUUUGUGUUUUGAACAAUAUUCAGAUGAAUUUCUCACAAAGGGGUCAAGUGUUUGAGUCGGCUCCUACACCACAAAUACCCCCCUACUGUUGCAGUUUUUCUACAGGGCAUUUUUAACCAUCCCAACAACCACACUCUUCUUUUUAGUAUCUUCUGGUCACUGAGUACAAAAACUGAAACAUAUAAUGUCUUUUUUUCCCUUUCUUUUUCUGAAUGUGAACUUUGAAUCUUUUUAUAAGACAUCCCUCCAGACAAUUCUGUUGUAAUAAAGAAAAAAGGUGCUUUUGGUCCUGUUUAAUGCGCCUGAAGUCGAGAUGAUUCUAACACAGAAACAGCUGGGUUGUCAGCACUGAAUGUAGAAAUGAAUGGUUUCACAAUAACGCACGUCAUUGCUGCUCUGCUCAUCUGUGUGUGUGUGUUGGUGUGUAUGUGUGUAUGCACACGUGCGGUUUUAAAUUAACCAGCAUUCAACUCAAAACUUGUCUGUAAGGUUGAAUUGGAAGACGUGAUCUGGCGUCUGGAUGAAUUAUUUUACAGCACAUGUACUCCAGAUUUUUCUUUCAAUACAAGAUCAUGACUUUUGGCGUGAUUGGUUUUAAGAAUGUCGAUCAGUGCAGUCAUGUGUUUGGAAGUAGCUCAUGUAUGUAUUUAUGUUCAGUCACAUUAACUUUAGAAUUAGAAACGUGUCAACUACCAAUCUUGUUCCUAAUUUUUGCCAGAAGGGACUUAAACUAGUCUCUUAUGGAUUCAAGAUUAGCCAAAUUCAUGUCUAUGUUAGCCGUCCAUUUGUAAUAUGAUGAUUCAGCCACAAUAUUAUUGCCAAUAUGAAAGUUAGGAUACAUCUUGUACUCAGCUGUGCCAACAUUAAAACCUUUGGACUCAGUACUUGUGAUCCCCAUCUUACUGAAUUUCACCUCUUUAUUUCUUUCAGUCAUAUUGUAAAUAACAACAAUCCAACAAUGCAAUAAACACGUUAUUGCACUCACUACUGCAAGGGUCAGGUGAUGCUAAACUGUUUAAGAGUCUUAAAUGUGGAACCGAAAUGUGGAACUCUACAACAAUGAAAACCCUGUAUAGCUCAUCUGAAUCAGGUGAUGUUGUUCUUCGAUUCUUUUUAUGACUCCUUCUCUCUCAUUUCUUUUACUCCGUGCUGUUUUAAUGAAUCAUUCUUUUGACAUUGUCAGGUUGAAAAAAAGAAAACAAAAAAAGAAACUGUAUCUGUUUCACGCUGAUCUCAAAGCUUCAGGCUAUAGCGUUUCAAAUAAAGUCAAAACAAAUGCAAAAGAAAAAGAAAAAAAAUACUGAAAGCUGUUACUGUAAACACAACAUUUUAAAGGAACUGUGUAUGUAAAAAUAGUAUAUGUAUGUGAUUGAAAAUAAACAAAACCUUUGAUCUUGGA